ACUUGAUCAGGUCAAAGGAACCACAUGCGUUUGACAUUGACGCCCUGAUCACAAGCCAUGUCAGCUAAGGUAAUUCUGGGGGGUCUAACAAGCCGACACCAUCCAUGGCAUGCAAACAUGCGAACUCGCCUAGAGGCUUCACGCCGGCGUCACUUGCAACUUCACUUCGUGUGCUAGCCACCGACUUCCCCAUACUUUUAGAACGGGAAGUACCUCGACCUUGCUCACUGUCUCUUUCUUUUGUCUCUUGUGCUUCACGUCCUCCAUGUUCUCCUUGGCAGAAAUCCGGCUUGAUCUUUGUUUUGUCCUGCCGGUUGGGUUGUGCUGAGUGGCUUUGACCACACUUACAGUCGUUAUUGUUUACCCAUCCCCAGAAUCCUCGGAGACCGAUGAUAUUCACGUCUUCUGACAACAUGACGCCCGGUACUUGGCUCUAUUGGUUCAUUGUCUACUUCCUCUACCGAUAUGCCCGCUUGGUAGUCAACCUCUGGCUGUUCUGGACCUUCAAGCCAAUUCCCAUUCCGGAGAAUCCAACACUCUCACCUUCCGAUGUCACGGUCAUCUUGCCCACCCUUGACGGGGAAGGGGAAGAGCUGGAAAGAACAAUCUCCUCCAUCCUGCAAAAUGAGCCCAAGGAAGUGAUCCUGGUUACCAUCGACGAAAAUCUGUACAAGGCGGAAAGAACUGUGGCCAAGAUGCCCGCGGCCAAAUAUGCCCGGAUUCGCUGCAUGUCGGUGAAGCAGGCAAACAAGAGACGGCAAAUGGCCAGGGCUAUACCCGAAGUCAACACGCAGAUUAUUGUCUUUGCCGACGACGAUGUGACUUGGCCUCGCGAGACUCUGCUCUGGAUGCUCGCACCCUUCGAGGACAGGAGUUACGGGGGAGUGGUAACUUGUCAGAGACUUCGAAGAGCCGAAAAUCCCACUUUCUCUCAGCGCAUCUAUGGGUUUUUGGGUGCCCUGUACCUGGAGCGCCGAAAUUUCGACUGCGCCGCGAUGACCCAUAUGGAUGGUGGUAUGCCCUGCCUGUCUGGCCGCACGUGUGCCUACCGUACGAGUAUCCUGCAAGAUGUCAACUUUACCAACGGCUUCACCAAUGAGAAAUGGUGGUUUGGUCAAUAUCAGCUCAAUGCGGACGAUGACAAUUUCCUUUCCCGCUGGAUGGUCUCUCACGGGCACCAGGUCUACAUGCAGUACCACCCUAAUUGCGAGGUGCUCACCACCCUGGAGAAUAAUCCAAAGUUCUUGAAGCAAUGCCUUCGUUGGGCCCGCAGCAACUGGCGAAGCAACUUGACCAGCAUGUUUUCUGAGCGUCACAUUUGGAGACAUCAACUCUACAGCGCAUAUGCGGUGCAACUUACGACUUUGAUGCCCCCGGCUAUCAUGGGUGACGCCCUUUUAUGGUGGUUUCUGAUCCAAGGCACUAGCGACUGGUCUCCUGAAAACGCCCGCCUCGCCUUCUGCAUCUUCGCAGGGUGGAUGACCUUUUCUAAAUUCAUCAAGCUGGUCACACACUUUGUCCGCUACCCCGUUGAUAUCUUCUUGUGGCCUGUCUCCGUCCUCUUUGGCUGGUUCCAUGGCGUCAUCAAGCUUUACGCCGUCUUGACGCUUAAUGAGACGACAUGGGGCAGUCGCGACAACGCUGACACCAGCGACUCUGAGAGAAUGAUCAAGCAAAAGAAGUUACGACACAGUUUUGAGUCUCUGGACGAAAAGCUUCAUGAAAAACUCCUGUCUAAUGAUUACACGACCUCCUACGCCGCACACGACCUCAAAUGCUCACAGCCUCCACUUGGCUGACAUGAUUCACUCGUCACGACUGCAAUGUUUAAUUUCACGACUCAGCCACGUUCUCUGCACGCCUCUACAUUCUUAUCUAAUUCUUUCGACAAGCAUCAGUUUUCACGAUGGUAAAACUCCUCCAUUUCUCCUUUUCCCCAAAAGCAGCACUGUCAUUCAAACUACUCAAAACUAAAAGGGAAGAUACCAAAAACGGAAAAUGCAGCGGACAACAGACAGAACGGCGGGAGGCUUUUUGUUUCGAUUGGCUCCAGCCCGGCUUGGCUGCGUGGCUUCAAAAGCUCGUCAGAGUUUGUUCUUAGUUUCACUUUAAGCGCGCGAUAGUUCCUGUUUUCUUUUUCGAUUCACAGCAGCGAUACAGACGUGGUGCAAAGGUGCCUGGGCAUGGAGACGUUUCAGUUCGUCCAGUUGGGGUUUGAUCCGCCGCCUGGGUUGAACACACGACUCAUGCCCUCCUGUUUCUUGCAAAAUGCAUAGCAGUUGCGCAGGCGGCUUUUGUGGAUUUUCUUUUUUAGUUACAGGCGCUGCUUCAGCGCCAGCGACCAGACCCGGCACUUGACUGCAGUGGCUUCGAUCUACAUGGACAAUGAGUGAUGGCCUAACAGCACGAGCAACGACCGAAGGCACGGAAUUAAUUUGAUGGAUUGAUGAAAAAAACGUUACGAGCAGAGCUUGAUCUGGGAUCAUGGGUUAUCAAACACGGCUUCUUUCCAGCAGCUGUCCGUCCUAGCUCCAUUAUUUCUUGUUUCUUCUGCAUUCAUUGUCAAAGUUCUGCAUCAAAUCACAUACAGAUACCUUAUCAACAUGCAUGCCGAACUGGAACACUUGGAAGGCGGGACAGUUGGGUCCCGCUUUUGCCUUUGUCUUUGUCCGUGAGGAUCAUUCAACUGACUAAGGCAUGCCAGUUGGCCGAGCACGUCGUAUAUGCGUGAUCCACGUCCCUGGGCAUUAGCUUCCUGCAGCAUGAUCAUAGUCCCGUCUCAUCUGCUAGGAGCAAGCCGGAGAUCCCCUCCGGAUCCACGCAUUCUGAGCAUCGCCGUGCAAGGCUUGUCCGGACGGAGCCUCUGAGAUUCCACCCGUGCACGCAAGUGGAAAAGAGAUGUUUUACCCGCUCUGCACUUGGAAAUGUCAGACCAAUGUCGAGGAUGAGAUGCAUUGGCCGGAAACACGAAUGCGUUGGCAGUGAAGUGGGUCAGAGCUGCCGGUGUGAGUUGCUGAUUUUGUGAUAGUGGCUUACACAAACGCGUGACAACGGCCUGCAAUGACCUCAUGGGCAAUUAUAAAGCUUUCCGUUGGAAGCUCUGUAAUUCUCGUCCUUACCUAGAUACUGCAGAGAUGAUGAUCCGGGGUUGGUUUCAAGAUGAUGAGCUGAGCCAGCAUGGCAGAGGCGAGAAGGAAUCCCCAAACGUAUCAGAAUGUCGAAGGCGUAUGUGGUGACGCGUUGGGUUUAGCAUGUUGGCACAUUGGUUGAGAUGAACAGGGACGGUGCGCGUUGGAGACAUGCAGGUCGCCAAGAAUGGACGACGCAUAGUAUGAUUGGACGCCGAAAGUACUUUGAACGAGAGUGGUCUUAUGCACGUUCAGUCGAGAGGUUCGCCAGUCCAGACCGGCAAUCGAGCUUCCUUUCUCUUCGCGACCGCCCGUCAACGAAAGAGCACGGGAAACCCUUACGGCGUAAAGCUCCAGUCCAGCCCAGGCCGAGAAAAGGAAAAUAUCGACAAAGAGAAUAGCGGCGUCUGGCCUGAACGGCGGCCCCCGAAAUCAUCCUUGUCAGGUGCUUAAUGGUAGAGGAGCUAAGCAAAAGCCAUUCAAGCGCUGUGUAACCUGCAAUGAGAACUGCCCGCGUCGCAAUGCGGCACGGGUCGAGGCUUCUGCCGUUGGAGUGUUACACAAUGUGGCCAUGCCCAUGUGCAUCUGCCAACCCCGGAUCGCCAGGACUCGAAGCUUCGGCACUUCAAGGACAAGCAUAUCCUAUGUUGUGUAAUUGUGUAACGCGACCAUUCUGAAACUGGACCGGUUUGGGAAACAAACAGGGUUUGGGAGUCCUCUGGUGCCACGUAUCCGGCCGGAAUCUUGGAUCAAUAGCAGCCGACCCGCGUUUAAGAUGAUCAGAGUAGCCUACCUUGUCUGCUAAUGUGACAUACAAAAAGGACGUAUGUGAGGCCGGACAGAGCAAUAAAUGGACAGGAUUGCCAUUUUUAGCCUCGAGCUUUGUAGCAGUGCCGUC